AUGGGGGACGUAGUCCAGAUGCACUUCACCACCGUGGACUAUGUGAUUUUUGUUCUGCUUCUGGUGGCCUCUGCUGGCAUUGGCCUCUUCUAUGCCUUCUCUGGUGGGCGUCAGCGCACAACACAGGAGUUCCUGAUGGCCGACCGCUCCAUGAGCUGCCUGCCUGUGUCUCUGUCCCUGCUGGCCACGUUUCAGUCUGCGGUGGCCAUACUGGGCGCUCCGUCUGAAGUUUAUGCAUUUGGAACACAGUACUGGUUCCUGGGUUGCUCCUAUUUCCUGGGUCUGCUCAUCCCUGCUCAUGUGUUCAUACCCAUCUUCUACAGGCUUCGGCUGUCCAGUGCCUACGAGUAUCUGGAGCUGCGUUUUAACAAGACUGUUCGCAUCUGUGGGACCGUGACGUUCAUCUUUCAAAUGGUCAUUUAUAUGGGGGUGGUUCUGUAUGCUCCAGCACUGGCACUGAACGCAGUGACAGGGUUUGACCUGUGGGGGGCAGUAUUGGCCAUGGGAUUAGUGUGUACUUUGUAUACUGUUCUGGGGGGCCUAAAAGCAGUGAUCUGGACUGAUGUGUUCCAGACAGUGGUGAUGUUUGCAGGCCAGCUGGCUGUCAUUGUUGUAGGGGCCAGUCAGGCUGGAGGUAUAGCGGAGGUCUGGAAGAAAGCAGUCAACAGCAGCCGCAUUGCUGGACUAGAUCUGAACCCAGACCCUUUGCAGCGGCACACCUUUUGGACUCUGGGUGUUGGGGGUGUCUUUCUCAUGUUGGCUCUGUACGGAGUCAAUCAAGCUCAGGUCCAAAGAUACCUCAGUUCUCGCACUGAGAAGGAAGCUGUCAUGUCCUGCUACGUAGUUUUUCCAUGCCAGCAAAUCGUUCUUUGUUUGGGUUGUCUUAUGGGUCUGGUGAUGUUUGCUCGUUAUGGAGAGGACAGUCCUUUGGACAAGGGCUAUGUCGAAACCAAUGAUCAGAUGGUGUUGUAUUUUGUAAUGGAUGUGUUCAGAGAUCUUCCUGGCCUCCCAGGGCUGUUUGUGGCAUGUCUCUUCAGCGGAGCGCUCAGCACCAUCUCAUCAGCUUUUAAUUCCUUGGCAACAGUAACUAUGGAGGACCUAAUUAAACCUCAUUUUCCAAAUAUGGCUGAAGCGAAAGCCAUUCUUCUGUCCAAAGGGCUCGCUUUGGCCUAUGGUCUGGUGUGUCUGGCUAUGGCCUACAUUGCCUCAAAAAUGGGAUCUGUGCUGCAGGCAGCCUUCAGUAUCUUUGGAAUGGUGGGGGGACCUCUGCUGGGACUCUUCUGCCUGGGAAUGUUUUUCCCGUGGGCGAACCCCAUUGGUGCAGUAACUGGGUUAGCAGCAGGACUUGCCAUGGCUUUCUGGAUUGGGAUUGGCAGCUUCAUAAUGCGCAUGUCUGGUUCCACGCCUGAACCCCUCCUCAACACCACCGCUCUGCCGCUGUUCGACAAUAUGACCUCUUCUGUUCUGACCUCAGUGGUCAGCAGCACCACAGCUAAGACAAGGCCGACAGGUGUUGAGGCGCUCUAUUCUUUGUCCUACAUGUGGUACAGUGCUCACAACUCUGCCACUGUGGUGGUGGUGGGGCUGCUGGUCAGUCUUCUAACAGACCAGUUCCAGGUUAUAGAUUAUGUGAUUGUUUUCUAG